AUGGCUUUCUUGAUCGCUGUGAAGAGUUCUUGCUCUCCAGACUUUAGAAUUCCACGAAUUAUAGCAAAUGAGGUAUAUCGAGCGCCGUUGGUAAUAAAUUAUGUGGCUAUAGCGAUACUGGUGUAUGGCAUACCGUUGAUUGGGCCGGUG